AUGUUAUUGAUACUCCUUUUUAUUACAUUCACAUUCUCUGUUAAUAUACCUAGAAAUCCUAAAAGUCUUUAUGACUUACAAGCAUUUGAAGAAAAAGAUGAUAAAAUGUCAGAAAUGUAUAGUUUAGAUCGACAAGUUCAAAUAUUACAAAUUAAAGUAAAAGAAGUUGAGCUAGAAAUUUUAUCAUUGAAAGAUGAAUUGAAAGAACAAAUAAAUGCAUCAACAAAAAAUGCAGCUCAAUUAAGAUUAAACUUUUUACAAAAAGAACUUGCUUUAUUAAAGAAAGGUUUACAUGAAAAUGCACAAGAUGCAAUUAAAUUUUAUGGGAAAAUGGGAGGAAAAAUUCAAACAGAAUACAAUGGAAUUUAUAACUACCAAAAAAGAAUUGCUGAAUUAAGAAGUCUUUAA